AUGAAUCUCAUAAAAGAUAUAUUCCUUCAAAAAUGGUUCCUUAUUACAAUCGCUGUUUCUACAAUAAUACGGUUCAUAAUACGAUAUAUGACUGGUAUUGAUAUCCAAUUAGUAAAUCCGUUUAGUUGCAAGUUUAUAAACGUUUCAUAUAAAGGUAAAUUCUCCAUUAACUCCAUUCAACUUUUGCUUUUAAAAAGGGAAAUUAUUAUAGAGGGACUGACCAUAAAUAAGGAGAUAAGUAACAGUGCAGUUGAUGAGGGAAUCCUUGAGAAAACUGCAAUCAAACUAAAGGAAAACCAUAAUAAAUCAAAGCAUGAGGUUUAUACACCGAUUACAUUACCAACUUGGUUAAAAAAAUAUUAUGUUAUGAUAAGUAACUCCUUGGAUAAGUUCCAUGUCAAUUUAGAAAAUUGUGAAAUUAAGGGAUCUGCAAUUAAAAUAGAGCGUUUUGGAUUUAUUAUAGCAGCAGAUUCUCAAGUAAACGGUAUCUCUUUCGAUUUUUAUGCCAGAAAUAUAUACUGGCUCGAUAAAGUCCUUUGUAAUGAUGGUUUUAUUACUUUGAAGACCACUCUCCAAUUCGAAAACGAAAUGAUUAACCUUAAGAAAGAUCAUAUCGAGCUACCUUUCUCCAAUUCAGUUCUUGAUAUAAAAUUAGGCAAUAUCAGUUUAUCAAUGUCUGCAAUAAAGAAAUUCAAAAACAUCACCGUUUCAAAAUCUAAAUUAAAUACAGAUUCGAGUAAUAAGAGUAAUAAUAAUAAUAUUGAAGGUUUGAAAGAGCAAACGAAAAAGGAGUCACCUUUAACGGAAUUAGAAAUAGAAAAAGCGGUGUCUAAACUUCAGUAUAUUGUUCAAAACCAAAUAAGAACGUAUAUUGCACCAUGUACUGAGCUCAAUAUUUCCAUUGAUAAAAUUUCAUUUGCUGAUUUCCCAAUCACAUCACAACCUAAAUUAUCCAAAAUUAACCAGUUUUUAAGCUAUCAUAUUUGUGCCUCAAAUUUUACUUUCAAUGUUUCCCGAUUUAGAAAUGAAAUGCCUGGCUUUAAAUUGAUUUUUCAAGAAGACGAUAUUCCAUACAAAAUAAGCUUAGCAUUCUCAAGGCUAAACCUUUGUUUGAAUAAAAGUGACAAAGAAAAUAAAACAAGGGAGCUUCUGAAAAUUGCUGAGGUACCAAACAUUUCUAUAUUUGGUGAAAGUAACCUUUUGUCCCAAAAAUUUGAAAUUUUUAAAACAGUUGACGGUCUUCCAAUAAAUAGACCCAUUUGUAAUAUAAAGGCAAAUAUUGCAUCACCAACAAUUGAUGUAGACAUUAAAAGUCUUUCAUUUCUUAAAUCUUUCUUAGAUAAUAUCAAAGUUUUUGAACAGACGUUUACCGAUCCUAUGAAAGUCACAAAUCGUACAGAAAAUUGUAUCAUUAAAAGGAGGAAACAAAUUUUGCAGGCUGUGUUCAAGAAAUUUUUACCAAUAUUUAAUACGAGAUGCAUUUUAGAAGAUCCCAAAAUUGCUAUUAAUGAUGGGGAAAACUUGAACUUAUUUAUUUUCAAAUUCUCCGCCCUUAUUUUUCAUACCAGACAAAGGAACAUACUCUUGAAGAUUACGAGAAAAAAGAAACAUAUCUCCUAUGAGUCCAAAUCAAGCUUGGAGUUAUUAGAUAUGAAAUUACAACAUUUAAUCAAAGAUUCUACAUAUAAAAUUACUAUUUUGAAAAUAGAAAGUAUAUCUUUUAAAAACCAGUUCAAAAUGUUACCAGAAUCCAUUUUUACAUUAAACGGAGAUAUUGAUUCCAUCGAGGUUGACCUUUCAGAAUUGCCUACCAUGGUGACAUUAAAUAAAAUUGUAAGAAGAUUAGAUUGUCAGAUGUUAAACGUGGAAGAAAAUUAUUUCAAAGAACUUUAUAUGUCAUUUGCAUCUAAUAUCGAAACGUCAGAGAACCAAUGUUCCUUAAUAGCCAAAGAAAAUAUAGGGGAGAAAAAAUUAUUACCAAGUGAAUUCCUAUUUACUUCGUUACCAGCAAAUUUUGAUUAUUUCAAGGUAAACAUUAGAAAUAUCAAAAUUAUGCUAGGUUCAAGAUCUGUGUUCAUGCCCCCAGAAGUCUUUUCUUCUAUGGAGUCUCAAAGUUCACAUGAUCUUGUGGAUGGGAAAUUGCGUAAAUUUUGCUUUACAAUCGAUCGUAUUCAAAUUUCAUUAUUCGGUGAUAAGACACAAUGGCAUAAUAAGAUCACUUCUUCUAACGCAGAUAUGGUGAGAAGUGGGUCUACGGAUGGAUUCAAGAAAUUUGCUGAAGAGGGAUUAGACGAUAUUUCAACAAGUGAUGCAACCGAAGUUGAACAUCUUUGGAAUAUUAAUGUCUUGAUCAACACCAUGUCAUCCUCUAUAAUAGCAGAAACAGCAGAAGUCACCGAUGAGUUAACACAUAGAGUGGUAAAUAAAGUUUCUGUCUUUUCAUUAAAAAUAUUCCCGGAAACAGAGUUCUUCUCUCCCGAUGAACCCAAGAAAAUAGCCGUUCAAAUUGAAAACCAAAAAUUAAAAUCUGUAGUUUCGUUAAUGAAUAUUUUCUUAAUGGUGUCUGGUGUACAUACUUUACAUCAAAUUUUUGGACAGGAAAUAACAACCAGAAGAAGAUCAUCAUGGGCAAAGAAGUAUUUAAUAGCAAUUGGUAAUAGUAAAAAAAAAUCUUGUUUCAGGAAUAUAGAUUGGUCAGAGUUGAAAACUUUAGUUGAAAUGACAUUAUCAUCGAAUUUUAUAACCGAAAUAAUAAUACUUCCAAAUGGUUUGAAGACAAAACUUGAAGUAAUUGCAAGUUUCAUCACCAUAAAAAAUAUGUCAGAUAUAUUUGUGAAUGGGGAACAUAUUAGAAUGUUAGUAGAAUUACCAUCGGCUCCUAAUAUAUGGAGCAGGUUUGUAUCAAUUUCAAAAUAUUCAAUAUCAGCGAAUAUCCAUCAACUGCUGGAACAAGUAUCAGCAGAUUUUGACAAUUUUGAGAAUUUAGAACCUGCUGUGUUAUUGGAAAAUGAAUCAUGGCAUUUUUCUAUUCCACACAAAUUUGCGAUGUACAGGCUAAUCGAUAAUAUAACAACUGUUGUAAAAUCAUUAAAACAACUACUUUAUUCAUUAAGAACAUCCAAGAAUGAUCUAAUAAUUUUCCCAAAAGAGGUUCCUACUCCAACAUUACCCAAAAUAACUUUAAAGUCCAAUCGCUGUGUAUUUUCAGUGGCUGAUGAUCCAAUAGAGGCUAAACUGAAUAUGGUAUUUCAAAUUGGUUUACAAGAACAGAGAGCAAGACUUACCAAAUUAGAAGAAUUCAAUACCUCGGUUUUGAACAAAGUGAUUGGAAGGAAACCUGAUGUAUCAAUUGACGAAGUCUACAAGAUAUUAGAAAAAGCAAAUUGUUCGUCCAAGUCACUCAAUCAAAAUAAGUCAAUGAUGCCUACCCCAUUCCCAAUAAAUGAUAAAGAAUUAACUUUGGAAGAAAUGCUAACAGAAGAUAUUCAUAGGGCUUAUAGAAAUCUACAAGAGCAUAUCUCCGACUCAUGGAUUAAAAGAAUUCAAGAAUAUAAACGUAAGGAACGUGAAGAAUUUAGAAAGAAUUUCCAGUUUUUAUGGGGCAAUAUCGAUUACAGUAAGCUUCCUUUGGAUAUCAACAGAAAAGUUAUAGCUUUUACAACAAAUCCUUUCUUAAUGACAUUAAUUAUUGAUCAAAUCAAUAUUGAUCUUUAUAAGCCGUCCUGUGGCACAGAAGGUGUUGUUGAUUUUAUCCAUAAUACCGGUAAUGGCGUUCCAAAGGAUACUGAAUACUCCAUUAUGAUUCCGAUGUAUAUAGACGCAAAAUUUGGUGAGAUACGAUGGCACUUAAGGGAUUACCCAUUGCCAUUCGUUUAUAUACCUCCUCUAGACGCUUCCCAAACGAAAGAAAAGUCAGCAAUCAGGCUAUAUGGUGAUUUCAUUGUAACUGAAAAGUUAUCUCAUAAAGACAAUGCCUUAAGAACUCUAUUUGUUCCAUUGGUUCCUUCAAUUGCACUUGAAAAUACAGACACAUAUUAUUCAUUAUAUGUUCCUAGAACUGUAACCAGCAUCAAACUGUAUACUUCUUUGAAACUGGAUAUAAAUUCCAAAGAUAGUACGACAGUUCAAAUUGGUAACUCCUAUCAGCCAGCUAUUCAACAAGCUAUGCAAUGCUUUGAUAAUUUCUCCAAACCCCCUCUUGAUCCAUCUCCUAAAAUGGGUCUUUGGGAUAAACUGAGAUAUAUUUUCCAUGCAAGUGUCACGAUCUCUUGGAAGAAUAAUGGAAGGUUUGAACUGGGUAUGAAAUCUGAUAGAAGCCCAUACAAGCUCAAUGGCAAAUCGGCUGGUUUCAUAAUUGGCUUUGGUAAAAAUGUUAAAUUGACGUGCAAUGAGGAUGCAGAUCCCAUGAAAAAUUUUCUAUCAUGUUCCGCAGAUGAAUUAUAUUUUAGUAUCCCUAACCACUUUGCUAAACCCCUAUUGGUAUGGUGUAGGCCCAGCAGAAACAGUGUCUUCAUCCCUAAUCAGGAAGAUACGAACUUGACAACUUAUACGUCUUAUUAUUACCUUAUAGACCUAGUGAAAAUGAAGAACGAAAGUGCAGCUGUAGAUAUUAUGAAUAAGAAUUAUAUUGAAAAAACAGGAAUUAAACUGACUGGUGGUACUACUCUAAGUAUGGGCAUUGUAUUAGAAAGAUUGCUGAAUAAGACUAACGAAAGAACUUUCGAUUCGAAAAAACAUUAUGACAUUAACUUGACAAACCCAAUUUAUGUGAAUAACCUUCAUACACAUGAUUCUUAUGCAGGGUUCAGAAGCGAUUUCAUACAUAUGUCCUUUACUUUAAUUUCCAAUAACAUUUCUUCUUACAAUGCAAUGCAAUUAAGUCCAAACGGGCUUACUACGUUUUUCAAGUGGUGGAAGUCAUUCUCAGGCAAUUUCCCAUCUAGAAGAGGCACACUUUUUGGCUCUCAAAGUGUUAGUCCAAAGUUUGGAGAACAUUUGUACACAAUAUCUUACAGUGCCGACGUGUCCCCUUUCUUCGUUGCUCAUUCUUGUCACGACAUUGAAGUUUCUAAUAUUCUCAAAAAGAAUUAUAGUGACUCUGUUGAGUUUGCAGGUUUAAAGGCGAAAGCGUCACAUUUCAAAAUGGAUCUUCACCAGAGAAAAGAAUUAGUUACGGAAUAUCAAGAAAUGCUGGAUGUUACAAAGAGAGUUAAAAAGUUGAAAUUUUUAGAAGCAGAUAUUAUUGUUAAUAACAUAGACGUUCGAACACUUCAUGGUAUGUUUCGAAAACUAAAUUAUAUCGAAGAAAAGGAAGAUGCUGAAUACCACAUCUUUGAUAACGACAUGAGGUGGUUAGAUAUUAUGGAUUUCCAAGAAGCAUUUUUUGUAGAUGUUAACAAUUACUUCCCAGUUAUUGAGAUAAAUCCAAUGUUAUAUGCACCGGGGUUUAUGUAUAAGAAACGAGCAAGCUAUGGUGAUAAAUAUCAAGUAGAUGCGAAGGAUUAUAAACCUAUAAAACCAUUUGAAAAUAAAGUAUCACAUAAUUGCAUACUUGGAUCUCCUGUUGAGAUACAUCCUGAAGUAUUUCAAAAGAGAUUAGACGUUCUUAAGGCGUUCGAAAUGAAAACAACUCAAGAACUUAAUGUUGUAGAAGAUCCUGAAAAGAAAAAAAAAUUAGAAAAAUUGGUAAGGGAUACAAGAUCGACUAUAAAAGAUGUUCAAACAUUGCUGGUUGACUUUAAUUCUGUCUGUCCCAAGACUGGUAGGGUAUUAACUUCUUCUGGGAAGCUAAAAUAUUCUGCGUUACAAUUGUUACAUGAUUCGAAAAUGUGUAAUGAAGCAUUUGAAAACCGUUAUUUUAUUUUUGGCAUGCUUUUGCAAUGGAAUGAAUCUGUAAGGGAUGUUGUAUUCAAAUUUUGGUAUUAUUUUUCUCUGUCCAAGGAUUUCAACAUCCUAUCAGCUCAGCAUUCAUUAGAGAUAUUUGAAAAUAUUAUAAAAGAAAGAAUUUCAUCUGAGGGCAAACCAAAUUCUCCUCUUGACGAUAACACUUCUGCUUCACGGAUUAAAUCUCAUUUCCAAUUUGAAGAUACGAACGACCAGUCUGUUUUAACAGCCGAAUUACUAGAAAUGUUCGAAAGAGGUCUGUCGGAAUUAUCAUGCUCUUUCGAUUUUAAUAAAAAAGAAAAUCAUUAUGUUCAAUUUAUUACACCUCAAGUUCAGUUAUUAACCAAAGAAGAACCGGAUUCAUGCAUUAUUGUGUCUACCCCAAAUAUACUGUUAAAAGUUCAUGCAUUCGAGGAAGCAGGCCACGAGGCAAUAAAUAUGAACAAUAGUUUUUUGAAACGUACUGGUGUUUUCUUUACUAAUGCUAAUGCAUUCUUAUUUCAUAAAGAUGUGUUCAAGAAUCGCUUCGCAUUAUAUUUCGAUACAAAUUCAUAUGGACAAAAGAAAGGUUCCGACUGGCCGCCAUGGCUUGGUUUAGAAUUGGGAUUUGAACCAUCACCAUUACAAUCUGAGGCGAUCAUCAAGAAUUUAUCAUCCUGUUUUUAUUAUCAAAAACCAUAUGAAUUUUCCCAUGUUUAUGGUAUGUUGAAGGGUAUGAUGGAUGACAAGAUUACUGUUUAUGUACCCAAAAUAAAUAUAUCAACAAACUCGAAAAAUUAUCUUUUCAUGUACAAGAUUAUUACUAAUUUGUUACUCUACGUGGAACCAGAUAAGGAAGAACUACAAAAACAGAUUAAUAAAUUAAUUAUAGGAUAUGAUACAGAAAAUAUAGUGAAAACAAAGAAUUUGGUGAUUUCAUUAUUUUAUAAUUAUAAAAAACUGGAAUUAUUAGAGAAUGAAUUACUGUUUAAACGAGCCUUAUUGGAUGAUGUUAGUAGAAUUGACCUGUCAAAUAUUCAUAAUGAGAAACAAAGUCAUUUACUAAGCUUAUAUUAUUUAAUGAAUAUUUUAAAUGUGAGUUCGAAAUGGAAGGAUACAUCGGAGAAGACGCUAAUUUUUGAUUUCAACAUCAAAGAGGUAUUAAUACAUAUGUUACAUGAUUCUGGCAAACCAUUUUUAGAUGUUGCAAUAGCUAAAUUACAUUUAGAAAGACGUCAAUCAUCAUAUGGGUUUAACAGGAAUCAAUUGACGGUGAAAAUGAUGCAAAUUUUUAAUUUAGAGAGAGAUGUCAUAUACCACGAUUUAUUGGGACCAUAUUUCGCGAAACAUAAACGUAAUAUACCUGCUGCUGAUUUGAAACCAUUGAUAUUUAUUAAAUGGGAAAUGGACCAACCUAUUGGUGGUAUUAAAGUGGUACACAAUGUGGAAACAGAACUUGAAGGCUUAAAAAUAAAUAUAGAAGAACAUACUAUAAAGAGAAUAAUAGAUUGGCUACUGUUGAAAGAAAGUUUUCUCAGUAGUACGGAUGAAGGAAAUGAAGCAAUUAUGUCCAAAUUAUUUUCUAAUGAAGACAUUGAUCCUGAAUCUGAAAUUUCUGAUGGACUUAACGAAGAUUUAAAUGAAAUGAUUAAAAGAUCUUCAGAUUAUAUCAUUAUUCAUGCUUUACAAUUGAAUCAAUUCAAAUUAUGCAUUAGUUACAAAGGGAAAGGAACAAGGAGGAUUGCGAAUGUAUCGGACUUUUUGUUUACGUUCCCAACUUUAUCAUUUGCCAACCAAACAUUAAGGACUAUUGAUAUUUUGAAUGCAUUGAAGAGAGUUUUAGUGAGAGUAUUUUUAAGACAUACUGGGAAAUUCAUCAAGAGUAAGCUAAGACGAAAAUCGACUGGUGGUAGUAAUAUUGAUUCGAACUCAUCGCUGAAGCCGUUAUCAAGAUAUCAAUCGUAUACUGACGUUAGAGCCUUAGUGAAAGAUGACAGAAUGAGCGUUGUCGAACAGGAUGACGUGCAUACGUUUUGA